CGAAGACCCCCUUCACGGAAAACUGUGGCAACUGUGGUUUGAAGCUGGAGAUGCGAGGUGCAGAAAAACAACGAGAAAUGGAGGAAAUGGAGAAGCGCGACUGGACAGGAGAGGAACUGCAGAAACCUAAACAAUCCGUCAUGCUUCGAUACUCGAAGGAUCGCCGUCUUCGAAAAUAAAUAAUUAAGAAAAAAGAGAGAGAGCGAGAGAGAGACUGGUGUUCUGAGAACUGGGGGGCAGCGGGAGGGGUCGAUCAUGGGGAACGAAGCGAGCCUGGAAGGAGGCGAAGGGCCGCCGUCUGGUCUGCCGGAGGGGCUGGCACCUGACGGGAAGGGCGGCUUCGUCCGGAUCUCCGAUGGCUCUCCGGUCAACCUGAAGGAGCUGAGCGAGGAGGAGAGGAGGCGACUGGCCGCGGCGAUGUCAAGGGCGCAGGGCAGGCAACCUGGAGCUCCAGCAGCUGCGCGAAGACCUUCAGAAUCUGAUGCCCACCAGCAGGUAGGAGCCUCCAGAGGCCCUGCAGGUCUAAGUAAAAGUCGAACCGUAGACGCCUUCAACCAGGGUCCACCUGGCCGACCCUCACCAGGCCGCAGCCCCUCGUCUUUAAGCCUCUUUGAAUCCAAAUUCCGGCAGGAGCCAAAAGGCCCAGAGACUAAAUCGUCCAGCAUGUUUGGCUCCAGCUUCCUCAGCGGGGCCAAUCCCCUCAGCGCCAUGUCGUCAAUGACGUCCUCCAUCUCAUCUAUGGGCGACGCUGUCAACAUUCCCAAGUUUGGACUGUUCGGGGACGAGGAGGAGGGCGAUGCGACGGCAAAAGUGGAGAACAAGCAGGGAGGGAAGCCACGGGAAGGCCCUCAGCAGGGUCAAGGACCAAAAGGACCACAGCAGGCAGGACCCCUUAAGCCAGGUCAAGGCCCCCCUGGACAGGCACCAAGGCAAGGUCAGGGUGCACCUGGUCAGGGACCGAGAUCAGGUCCUUCAGGGCAAGGACCAUCUGGUCAGGGGCCAAAAUCUGGUCAAGGUCCUCCUGGCCCAGGACCAAGGCAAAGUCAGGGGCCCAAAUCAGAUCAAGGUCCCUCUGGUCCGGCUCCCAGGCAAAGUCAAGGGCAGCCAGCACCUAGACCAGAUCAGGGUGGAGCUCAGCAGCAAAAAGGUGGCCCACCACAACAAGGACCUGGAAAACCUGGACCAAAAGCUCAAGGGCAGCAAGGCCCCAUGCCAGCAAAGGGUUCAGGGGCCCCAGGGCAGCAGGCAGCUGGAAAGCCUGCAGGUGGACUCUGUCCGCUGUGUAAAACCACCCAGCUCAACACUGGAUCUAAAGAGCCACCCAAUUACAACACCUGCACCGAGUGCAAGAACCAGGUCUGCAGCCUGUGUGGCUUCAGCCCACCAGACUCAGCGGGUAAAGAGUGGCUAUGCCUGAACUGUCAGAUGCAGCGAGCAAUGGGAGGAAUGGAUCCUCCUGGCAUGUCAAAGCCCAUGCAAGGCUCUGGUCCACCCUCACCUCAACGAGGGGGCAAGCCUGGAAAGCUGCUGAUAAAGCAACAGAGCACCUCCGACCAAGGGCUGACACCACCAACAACACCAAGGCAAAAAUCCCCAGGCUCCUCAUCUCCUGGACCUCUUUCUCCAGGCUCCUCAUUGGCAGGGUCACCCAAGAUUGACCCCAAAACAGGGCGUCCCAUUCAGCAGAAGUCCAGCCCUCAGCAGUCUCCUGCUAAAGCCAAACAAGAAUCGAGUUUCUUUGGGGGUCUGGGCAGCAUCAGUUUAGGAGGGUUGACCGAUUCGGCUAAACCCCCCGUAGCGGCUGCACAAGCGGCGGAAUCAGUUACGGGGAAACUAUUCAGUGGGUUUGGUGGAUUGAUGGAGUCAUCAAAGCCUCCCGCACAGGCUGCGCCAAAACAAGAAGAAUCUGUGGCUGGAAAGCUGUUUGGGGGUCUGGGAGGGCUGACUGAAUCAGCGAAGCCUCCUGCUGCUGCAUCUCAAAUGUUCAGCUUCGGCUCAUCGCUUCUGAGCUCAGCCACCACUCUUGUCUCUGGAGAGGAAACCAAAGCACCCGAGUCUCCGCCUGGGUCACCUGACUCUGGACCAGGAUCUCCUCCUGACUCUCCUUUCUCUGCACCUGGCUCUCCACCAGAUUCCGACUCUGCUCCAGACACCCCGCCUGCCAGGUCCAGAGAGGCCCCCAGACAGGCAGCUGCAGAGCAGGCAGAGACGACCAUCGCGGCUAAGACUGCUCAGUCUGAAACUUCUGUUGCCAAGGAAAACUGCCCUCUCUGUAACUUGAAGCUCAACAUUGGAUCGUCAGAUGCCCCCAACUACAGUGUGUGCACUGAGUGCAAGAAGAACGUGUGCAAUCUGUGUGGAUUUAAUCCUAAUCCUCAUUUAGGAGAGAAAGAAUGGCUUUGCCUGAACUGUCAGACUCAAAAAGCAAUGUCAGGCCAGCUGGGAGACGUCCCACCACCAUCCAUGGCGUCCCCAAAGAAGCAAGAACCCGCUCUGCCCCCCGACCCCUCGACCUCCCCAGUUCCUGCUGCUGUAGAUAGCAAACCUGUAGCUGAACCCAUAGAUCCAAUCCCACCUGCUACUGAGAUCAAGAUCAAACAAGAGGAGACCUUGAAACAGCCUGACUUGAAAGAAACUAAAGAAGACAAUCUCACAAGCCCAUCAGACCUAGCAAAAUUAGAAAGCUCUGUGUUUCCCAUUCUGGAGGCCCAGGUAGACACAGAGCAGGAGGAGAAACAGACUGAUACUUUAAAGACCAGACGCAAACUGGAGGUUCUUCCUCUCUCGCCUGAUUCUCCCAGUUCAGAAGAGGAUAAAGACCUUUCAGAGAAGAAUGCCAAAAGUACUGGAAAGAAAAAGCUUCUUGUGCCAAUUGAUGUCAAGGUAGAUUCCCUGGACGAUAGCAGUGAAAGUUUUGGAAAAGAAAGCCCGAUGUCCGGAGAUGAUGAGGAGUUUAUCAGGAAACAGAUCAUAGAAAUGAGUGAGAAUGAGGAUGCCUCUCCAUCAGAUGAAGAAAGCUUAGUCAGGCGAAAGAUUAGAGAUGGUGAGAAGAAACAAAAUGAGGAGAAGAAAGAAGAGACUAUAGAGAAAAGCACAUCAGGAAAAACAAGACGGUUAAUUAAGAAAACUACUAUUAGUCCCGAUGAUGAUGAUGUUCAGGAAAUCACAGCAUCAGCAGAUAAAUCUGAUAUUGUCAAAGAGAAUGAGAAAGAACAAAAAGAAGAGGAAGAUCAAAGAAUUUCUGCACCUCGCCAGCUACAAACCUUUGAGCUGAAUGUAACCAGCAACCCUAUAUGUAUACCUAGUGCAGAUGGAGAGCCUGAAAUAGAAAGUCUAACAGACUCCCCAGAUGAUCGGUCUCGGGGUGAAGGGUCAUCUAGUCUACAUGCAUCUAGCUUCACUCCUGGAACGUCGCCGACAUCUCUUUCAUCUAUGGACGAGGAUAGUGACAGCAGCCCAAGUCAUGUUCGCACUGGUGAGGGUAAACAGCACAGAAAAGCCAAGCACCGACAAACUGGGCAAAUGCUACCAACUAUUGAGGACUCAUCAGAGGAGGAAGAGUUAAGGGAGGAGGAAGAACUUCUCAGGGAGCAAGAAAAACAAAAGGGCUCAGGAAAAAAGUCUAAAAAAGACAAGGAUGAGAUUCGGGCCCAAAGAAGGCGAGAGCAUACAAAGACACCUCCGAGCAACCUUUCUCCAAUUGAAGAUGCCUCACCAACUGAGGAACAGAGACAGGAAGCCGAAAUGGAGGAGAUCAGACGGUCAUCCUGCUCUGACUUUUCUCCCAGUAUUGAAUCAGAUCCUGAAGGAUUUGAGAUCCAUGCUGCAAAAAUUGCAGAAGUGCAAAAAACAUAUCAGCUGCCUAUAUCUGUAUCUCUUCACUCCCCAACAGAUGAUCAAAACACUAAUAAAUCUCAGAAGAAAGCUCUCAAAUCUGCUGAUGAGGCUUAUGAAGAAAUCAUGCUAAAGGCUAAAUCUCCAACAGUUGACACAGGCGAAAUUCAAGCAGGAAAGGAAACAGAAUAUGGUGGCAUGCUUAUUGAAGACUAUGUUUAUCCAUCACUUCUUGACAAUUCUUUUGAUCGGGAAGAGACCGAGAAAAUGUCUGUUCCUGCUGAACCCAAAAAACUGAGAUCGCCCGAUGAAGUUUAUGAGGACAUGAUCAAGAAAAGAAAGGAAUUCAUGCAGCUAGAACAGGAAUAUGAAAAUAUAAAGCCAAAAAAUGAAACCCCUAAUCCAAAAAUUGUGUUCCAACCAGCUGAGAGUACCUUCCCACAAAGCGGCACAGUGACAUUAGGCAAAGAUGGGAAGCCACUGUUGGAUGCGGAAGCAGCCUAUGAGGAGUUGAUGAAAAAAAUUCUAACUCCAGGAACAAGCCCAACUCAGCCUGAGCCAGAAACGGAAACUACUUCAUCAAAAAAGGUUCUUCGCCCUAUUCCAGACUUAAAGGUAACACAAUGCUCUUCUGGAGAGUUAUCCUCUGACGAUGAAACUACAGUUAAAAAGGAACAGGCGGUGACGGGAACAUCAGAUAUAAUAUCAGAAAAGCAAUCUGAACAUGUAAAAGAAGUAUCUGAGAUUUGCCCUUCGACUACAACAGAACAGACAGAACAGCAACCUGACAAUGAAACCUCUACUUCUCAGAUUGAACUUGUGGACCUUUCUAAUACUGUUCCAAGAUCAUCAGAUUCUGUGAUUGCUAAUGUGUCACCCCUACCAACAGUCCCCCAAUACACACCUAGCAUAUCUAGUGUAGUGUCAACAGCUCCCCCUGUCCCUCCUAAGCCAAAUAUUUUGCGCCGGGCUAAUUCUCAGGAAAAAGGAGAAGAACCUGUUGUGCCACCCCAGCCUCCUCCCACUCCACCAAAACCCACAGUUUUUCCCAGGAAAGCCCCAGUUCCACUUCCACCUCAGGCUUCAGCACCUGUGAAAAAAUCUGAGCCAGUGACUAUGACUUCACCCCAAGGAUCACCUGUUAGACAAGUUGUUACUCCAACGUACAAACCUCAGAUUCCACCUCCUGUUCCUCCAAAGCCAGCUAUUCAUGGGAUUGUGGACAGUCACAGACCAGGAUAUGGUGUCAAACCACCAAUUGCACCAAAGCCUGGUUCACAGCCACCUUCACCUGCUCAUGCCCCUCUUCCAACAAGACCUACGGUACUUCCCACUGGUCCAAAUGACUCUGUCCUUAAUUUGAGUCCCUCUACAGAGGGCAAGACAUUUCAACCUUCACCAAAGUCUCCUUCUUCCCCAAGAUAUGCCAGCAAUCUCCGUGACACAUAUGUAGUCAUCACACUGCCAUCCCAGCCUAGCUCUCCAGUUGACAAUGUCACAACUCAAGCCCCCUCUGGUCCUGGACCGGCAUCUCCCUCAAAGCAGGGUCAGCAUGAGAGUUAUCAACCACAGCCUCAACACCCUUAUUCAAAUCAACAACAACCAACCCCUCUUCCUCAGACAACCAGAGUACCUCUGGCGUAUACACGUGUCAUAGAGUCUAUUGAAAAACAAGAGAUUUGUAGCCCAGAGAAACAUGUUUCUAGUUCUUGUCACAUAAUUGAGGCCAUAUCUGCUUCAGCACAGCCAUCUGUUAUGCCUAACCUCAUAUCUCAAGUGGUUACUACGGAAGUUCAAAGAACCACUGUCUCCGUUGUUCAUGAAAAACCGCCACCACCAGUACCAGCUCCAAGAGCAACAGGUGUUCCAAUGUCAAUGGAGAAACCUAAGCCUCAAACACUGGCACAGACUGAAACGACCUCUCUACCCUCUGAGGUGGUAGAUCUUAGAACUGUUAAGGUUGAUUCAGAUUCAAAUAUGAAUGGUGUUGAUCUGUCCACCACUCCAGAUUCAAGACGUCAGUCUUUUGUGAGUGAUGUCAGUCGUCACACCAGUGCAGUGCAAUCACCUGUGGUCAACCUCAGCACUGAAUCCUCCACUGUUUCAAUAUUGACUGACAGCAUCACUAUUGUGACCUGUUCUGCCACAAUACAGCAAUGUGAAAAUAUAGAGGUUUCUCAAGUCUCCUCCACGCCCCUUCAGUUAACAAAAAAUAAGGCUUUUGAACCCGUUUCUCAAAUUAUAUAUCGACCAGUUGAGUCUCAGCCCUCCACUUUUGCAACAGCAGAAAUCCCAAUUAAUCUUUCAGUUGGAUCAAAUACAGUUGCAGGAGGUUUCCAAGCCAUCCCAGUCACUGCUUCAGUUCCUCCUGUGGCAACCUGUGUUGCCAAUGGAUUAACUACAGGAAGAACCACAGUGGCAGGAGCUGUUGAUCUUAGUACCUCAAAACCUUUCAAUACUUUGGUAUCAGUUGAUGUGACAUCUGCAGAUGUGGUUACAACCGUAAUCACAGAUGAUGGCAAACCAGUGGAUCUAACAGCAGGGAAGAAAGCUGUGUGCUGUGAUGUUGUGUACAAGCUGCCAUUUGCAGGAAGUUGUGCAACUCAGCAGUCUACCACACCUCUGCCUGAAGAUCGUUUCGGAUAUCGUGAUGACCAUUAUCAAUUUGACCGAACGCCUUAUGGCAUGAGAGGGUUUGGUGGAAUUAAACCCUCCAUGUCAGACACCAAUCUUGCAGAAGCUGGGUUAUUCAUGUACAAGAGUAAGAACAGUUAUAAUUUCAGUGUCACAACAGAGGGAGCAGUAGAUCUCACCUCAGCGAAGAUAUCAGAUGCAGGUGAAGCUGUUGACUACUCCAAGAAAGGCAGUUAUGCAGGAAUGACAAUCCCCCCAUAUUCCCAUUCAAGUGCCACAAGUGCUGUCAAUUCACUCUUUGGGACAAGUAGUGUUUUAAGGUCAUCAAAUGGAGUGGUCUAUUCAUCUGUUGCAGUGCCAGUCCCAUCAACAUAUGCGAUUACGACUCAACCAGGAUCCAUAUUUAGUACAGCAUAUAAUACCUUUUCAGGUAUGCACACAAGUGACACCAUGCCUUCUUUGUCCAAUCUCCAGAAUAUACCACUUACAAGAUCCCAAAGUUUUCUCUCCACCAUUUCCACAACAGAAGAACAAGGAGAUGCUCCUCUUAACCUGGAGAUCUCAAAGGGAGGUGUGACUGCUGUCAAUGGUACAGCUACAUCAGCAACAUCUUUAUCCCUUGACACAUAUACAGAUGCAUCCCUGGAGGCUAUAGCCGCUUCACUGGAAGCUCUCUCGUCCCCCAUGGUGCCUGGAGAUGGCCAGUAUCAGGCAGAGCGAGAGAGGCUAGAAAUGGAAAAGCUAAAGCAGCAACGCUUAGCUGAGGAAUUGGAAUGGGAGCGGCAAAAUAUUCAGCGAUUCCGUGAACAAGAACAGCUCCUAGUACAGAAGGAAUUAGAAGAGUUGCAAGCCAUGAAGCAGCAGAUCCUGACUCAACAAGAGGAGGAAAGACAGGCUCAUCUUAUGAUGCAAAAAGAAACAUAUGCUCAACAACAACAGCAACUUGAGCAAAUACAAAGACUCCAAGAACAAUUGCGGCUACAGUUAGAAGAGCAAAAGCUUCGUCAGAUGUACCCAGGUGCAGACAUCCCAGGACAUGGCGUACAGGAGGCCAUUGUCUUAGGACCUGAUGGCACAGUGCUUUCUCGAAAAAUUACAGAUAGUGGAUGUCAGACUGAUGAGGAGGACGAAGUACUAAGCAAAGCCUACACAGCAGGAAGAAAAAAGAAAAGUGUUAAAAAGAGUGUUGAUAGCUGCGUCCAGACUGAUGAUGAGGAUCAAGAGGAAUGGGAGGCCCAGAGAAGUCGACAAAGCCGUCCCCGUACUGCUAGAGGUGAUAGGGGUGGGGGGUCAGAAAUGUCUCUUCAAGCCCACACGGAAAUUUCUAUACAAACUGACACAGAUGGAAAUAUUCGAAUGGACACGAGAAUGGAGGUGUCAGACUCAGAAAGGACCUCACCAAAGAAACGUCCUACUCCCUUAGAAAUAGCCCAGUCUGCCAACCUAAAACCAGAAUUUUCUUCCCUUCAAGCUCAUCCUAAAUCCCCUAAAGUACUUUAUUCUCCUGUAUCACCAUGUAUAUCACCUAGCAAAUCCCUUGAAUUUGUGUCCUAUGAUAAGUCCCUAGGCGAUACCAGCCCACAAAAGUUAAGAAAAAGCAUAGACCCAUCAAAAUCCUCUCCAGCAAGUCCUCAGGGACCCAAAACCAUGCAGCGAUCAAUGUCUGACCCAAAACCCAUGAGUCCAACAGGAGAAGAAAGAGCAACAUCUGGUACGCAGUAUGGGGAUGGCCAUACGGGGAAAGGAUCAGGCGGCACACCCACGGGGACGCAAAAGAAGGUGAAAAGGACUCUUCCCAAUCCCCCCUCUGAAGAAGAGUCAACAUCAAGUGGACAGACGGCAUACACCACAAACUCAGCUCGCCGAAGAAUGUGCCGAAAUUCAAAUAUGGCACGUGCCAAGAUAUUACAAGACAUUGAUCGGGAGCUGGAUCUGGUUGAGCGAGAGUCUUCCAAGCUCCGCAAAAGACAGGCAGAACUAGAUGAAGAGGAGAAAGAAAUUGAUGCUAAGCUUAGAUAUUUGGAGAUGGGGAUCAAUCGCAGAAAAGAUGCACUUCUAAAGGAAAGGGAGAAAAGAGAAAGGGCCUACUUACAGAGUGUCGCAGAGGAUAGAGAUUACAUGUCAGACAGUGAGGUUAGUAACAUCCGAGAGACUAGGAGUGUCCAAGAUGGUGGUGAAGAUGAGGACAUUGAGGAUCACCUUCUUGAGCGUCCCAGAACAGCUCCUCACUCAGAACUUGAUGAUUUUGCUCCUCCCCAAACCAAGCAUGAGUAUGGAAAAUACUCUCAGUACCAAUAUCCUCAAAGCCAAUACCAGCAAUCAAUCUAUCAGACUCCACAGUCCUACCAAUCUCACUCUAUCUACUCCUCUGUUCCUUCACUUACUACUGCCCAGCAGCAGAGUUAUCAGCAGAUGCUUUUGUUGCAGCAGAAAGCGGCAAGACAGGCGGCUCUUUUGUCAGAGCUUGAUGCAACUAAAUACGAUGUCAUUAGCCGUCAGCCUGAUCCCACGUCAUCAGCUUUCCUUGGUGUCAAAUAUGACAAAUAUGGUAACCAUUUAGACCUCAGAGCCCUGGAGGUGGGAAGCAUAGCAGGAACCCCAAUGUCCGCUGUUUCUGAUUCCUACUACACAGAGGUGGAACACCACACUCCUCGGAGCUACAUGCUGCUGGAAGAUGCUGCAGAGUUAGCUAAGACCUCCACAGGUCUGUCUUCAUCUUAUAGUUUAGCCGAGAGGGAACUGGCUAAGGCAGAGAAGCUUUUGCGCAGAAGUGCUGCAGAUCUUGGGUCUACUGACUAUCUGGGCUCCACCUCCAGGCUCCAUGCUUUCGGAAAGACUCCUGAUGAAGAGGAUUCAAUGGAGGAACCCUAUGAAUUAAAACUCCUGAAGCAGCAGCUCAAGCAGGAGUUUAGAAGAAGUACAGGUGGUACAGAAAGCUUAGAACAACUGACAGGUCUCUCCCAAAACUACUAUACUCCAAGCACUGGUGUCUCUAGUUAUUCCCAAAGGCACUAUCCAAAGUCAGACAAGUACAGCAUCAGUCGACUUACUCUUGAGAAGCAGGCGGCAAAACAACUUCCAGCAUCAGUGUUGUACCAAAAGCACAAAACUCCACUACUAGAUCCUAAAAUCUCCUCCAAGUAUUCCUCUAUGACUGACAACAGGGGUUUGGAAACUGAUUAUAACUAUUUGGGAUCUACCAGUGCAUCGCCCAGAUCCAGCAGGCUGCUGCAGGAUGAAAUUACAUUCGGCCUUCGAAAGAAUAUUGCAGAGCAACAAAAGUAUCUUGGGUCUACCUUAGGAGCCAAUUUAGCUGGAUCCCUAAAUUUGGGCCAGAGCUUGGGCUUGGACUCUGCUUAUCCUAGUGGUAGCCGGUCAAGACCCUCAUCCAGACCUACUUCGUGCUAUGGCCUGGACUUGUCAAUCAAAAGGGACCUUUCGAGUUCUUCACUGAGGCUUAAAGGAGAUGGAGAGUCAUCUGGAGAUGGUCCAAGUUAUCAAACCCCCUCUGGUCGCACCAAGCCCACCAGCCUUCCAAUUGUGCAAAGCGGUCGUGGACGAAUUCCUAUUGUGGCACAGAACUCAGAGGAAGAGAGUCCGUUAAGCCCUGUUGGUCAACCAAUGGGCAUGGCUCGUGCAUCAGCUGGGCCUCUGCCUCCUAUUUCAGCUGAUUCACGGGACCAAUUUGGUUCCUGUAUGUCCCUACAAGAUUCCCAGCAACAGCAACAUAUAAGAGAAGAGCCAACAAGGGGUAGGAGUUAUGUGCUGCUGGAUGAUCUUCAGGGCACAAUGUCAGAUAGUGAAGCCCUAUGUGAUCCCAUGAUGGCAUUGAACAGAGACGAUGCAACUAAUGCCUAUCACCUCAGGCGAGACGAGACGGACUGGUUUGACAAACCGAGGGAUGGACGGCCAGAGAACGGACAAGAAAAGAGACAGGGAAAAGGUCCAUACUAUCCAUUCCCUCACCUCAGGGUCAAACUGCAGAGGGAUCCCAAAGACCGCAGUGUCACAGGAAAUGGUUUGGGUAUCCGUGUUGUUGGAGGAAAGGAGGUUCCAGGUGGGAGCGGAGACAUUGGAGCUUAUGUUGCCAAAGUCCUACCUGGUGGAGCUGCAGAACAAACAGGAAAAAUUCUUGAAGGAAUGCAAGUCUUAGAGUGGAACGGUGUUCUACUGACGGGAAAAACCUACGAGGAAGUGCAAGGAUUGGUUGGACAGCUGUGUAACGAAGCAGAACUGUGUGUCAGACUUGAUCUUAACAUGUUGGCUGAGUCUGAAGAUUCCCAGCAUCUUGAUUUGCAGGAGCCCAGCAAAGGGGAAAAACCUCCCAGAUCUCCAGGUGUUGAUCCCAAACAGUUAGCUGCUGAGCUGCAGAAAGUGUCACAGCAGCAGGGUCCCAUGUCCGCAUCAUCCUCGAGCCUGGCCGCUCCGACGUCUGCGACGUCCAGUCCUGGUCAGCCUGGAUCCCCCUCCGUCAGCAAGAAGCGCCACGCCAGCAAGACCACAGAAGGAUCCAAGACCCACUCCCACCCCAUAUCUGGAGAGAUACAGCUUCAGAUCCACUACGACAAGCAGCUUGGCAACUUGAUAGUUCAUGUCCUGCAGGCCAGAAACCUUGCAGCCCGUGACAACAAUGGCUACUCGGAUCCAUUUGUUAAAGUGUAUCUCCUACCAGGGAGAGGUCAGGUCAUGGUUGUCCAGAAUGCCAGUGCUGAAAACAAGAGAAAAUCCAAACAUGCAGGCAAAAGCCUCAAUCCUGAGUGGAACCAGACCGUCAUCUAUAAAAACAUCCACCUGGAGCAGCUGAGGAAGAAGACUCUGGAAGUGAGUGUUUGGGACUAUGACAAAGGUUCCUCAAAUGAUUUUUUAGGCGAGGUUCUUAUUGACCUGUCCAACACAGCCCAGCUGGACAACAUUGCUCGAUGGCUCCCCCUUAAGGAGCAAAGUGAAGGCGACCCCCAUAGACGUUCCCACUCAGGCCAGGGUCGACAUGGUUCCUCCAAACCCUCCUCACAGCACUCCUCCCCUAAAGUCUCCGGCUCCACUCAUGAUAGUCAGGAUUCCCCCAAAUCAUCUGUCACCAAGAGUCGAAGCCAUGGGAUCUUUCCAGAUCCAGCCAAGGACACACAGGUGACCACUAUCGAGAAAUCCAACAGUAAUCCUGGCACAUCGAAGCCUUCCUCGUCCGAGGGCCAGAGCCAAAGCCCCAGCCACGGACACAGCCAGCACUCUCGCUCACAUGGCGCUUCACACUCCAGCAAAAGCGCUGCAAGGCAGCACCAUCAGGACAGCAGCACUGGAGGCAGCGGAUCUGCUGUGAUAGCACGGGGCGAAGCCCAACAGCAGUUACAGCAGCAGCCGCCGCCACAACGCCUUCCACCAAGCCAAAGGAGCCAGCUCUCGCUAAGGCACCAGAGACACAGCGUAGUUGGUGUGCUCACCAUUCAGAGACCCCAGUCUGACUGGCUGCCUGCCCUGCCAUCGACCCUGUCGGCCAAAGGGAGCAGAGCAGAUGGCAGACUCCUGGGCCUCAGGAAGGCUGUGUCAGAGGAGAGGCCGCAGAACAUCGGAGCUCGGUCGAGCUACAGAUCAAGCGAUGCUCCAGUUACUGCGGCCUCGUUGGACAGUGGCCUGAGCGGUAGUGCUUAUAGCCUUUUGGAUGAAGAAGGAGAGACGAAUGAAGUGGACAGUGCCAUCUUCCAGGUCCCUCGAUUUGGGAAAAUCCCAAAUGGCACAGAUGUGACGAAAUCUUCAACAGGACACAAUGAUGGUGAAGGAAAGACUCAGGUGAUGGGAGAGAUCAAGAUUGCUCUGAAGAGAGAGAUGAGGACCGAGGGGGAGCAUCUGGUCCUGGAGAUUCUUCAGUGUCGCAACAUCACCUACAAGUUUAAGACUCCAGACCACUUGCCUGACCUUUAUGUGAAGCUCUAUGUGGUGAACAUUGCCACCCAGAAAAGGAUCAUCAAGAAGAAGACCAGAGUGUGUCGUCAUGACCGCGAGCCGUCCUUCAAUGAAACUUUCCGCUUCUGCAUGAACCCAACAGGACACUCACUACAGCUCUUUCUUGUGUCAAAUGGAGGCAAGUUCAUAAAGAAGACACUUAUUGGAGAGGCUUACGUGUGGCUGGACAAAAUGGACUUGCGCAAACGAGUUGUGGGCUGGCACAAGCUUCUCGCGAGCACGGCCCAGAUCCACUCGUAGAGAGACACUGAGGACUUUAAAGCAAAAAACUGAAAAGAUGAGGGGUUUGUGAAAUCAGAGGGAACUUAACUGGGCAUCUAAAAGACCGGUCCCGUUUGGCUGUUGGGAUGAAUGGCGGCUCUGGAACAAAAGGAGACCAAAUCACUCCAUCUCCAGCCUUUGUUUGGGACUUGUUUCGGAUGACGCUCUCAGCACAGGGACCUUGGAUUCACGUUUACAUGAAAAUGAACACGUUUACAGGGCGCGGGAGACACCGUAGUUUUUCCAAGGGAAGAGACAACAAACAGCAGGUGAUGUGGCUCAGCAGAGGUCAAGAUCAACCAGGUAUUACGCAUACUAAUCCACAAACUCACACAUGCACACAAUUACUUUGCACAAAAUCAUUUCCACCCAGGAGGACCCUCAGCUGUAAAGGUACAGGGGAAAACAGGGAAUUGACGCACUUGUAGAUUUUAAUUUAUUCAGACGCUUUAUCCAGCGGUGAGUCUUUUCAUCGGCACCUUUUUCUCUUUUUCAGAAUUGUAUUGAAUUUCAAAGCCUUUUAGAAAUGAGACAAAGAAGGUUCUGCCACAGAAAAGCACUAUUUAUUUUUUUAUUAUAUCAGUGUGAAAUUCUAUUGUUUGUCUCAGUUAUUUAUCAGAUGUUUCAAAAAUCCAUGUUUGGAUGGAAGCAUAUUUUCCAAAACACACUACCUACUUAGCAUUCCAGAUCAAGGAAGAAGAAAACCAAGCAUGUUUUAGAUUUUUUUUAGGUUUAAUGAACAACUGUACUUUUCCUCCUUUGUUUUAUCAUAUAGCUGAAUUUGUUUGGUAAGGAAUUAUUAUAAAUAUAUACCAGAUUGGAUACUAUACAGUAUAUUGUACGCAUGAGUCUUUUUGGCAUGCAGCACCACAUGUUUUGCCACUUAAAAAAACACCUUUAAGGCUCACUCUGUAAAUAGUGUCAUAGUUAGAGAUGAAAAUAUUUCAAUAAAUAGAUAUCUUUAUCACAGACAAUCAUGUCUUGACGAUUGUGACAUAGAGGUUUUAUUUAUCCAUGAUGCCCCCGUAGAAUGUGAGACGUCGACCACAGAUUUCCUGCUUUGCUUUGUGAGAAGUGCUGAGAAAAAGGAUUUGUUGUUUACAUAAUUCUUCUGUUUUUGUCGGACUUAAAUGUUUCAAGACUUCAGCCUAUUUUGAAAUCAGACAUAUAUAACGUCAUGGAAUAAAAAGAAGAGCUAAUCUCAAAUGAUAAUUUCAUCUUUUUAAGGGAAAAAUGGUUAGCCGAAUCAACCAGGCGCUGCAUGAAAAUGUAAACUUAUUGCAAGUCACAAAUUUGAGCUACUCAUAUUUGCAGAAUUAUUGAAGUUAAUCCACAAUGAAGAGUUUGCAAGCAUAAGUUAAAUUUAAGGUUAUGUCACAUCAAGGCCACCUCAUAUUUCCUUUUUUUUUCAUUCCAUUUAGAAGUGGACCUGCUUGUAUACUUUGGGCUAUUGUUGUUUUGCUCUUUAUGUUCUGGAGGCUAAGCUAACAAACUGUUGGUCAGAUAAGUUCUAUCAAGGUUUUUUGGUACAGAGCAGAAUUUUAGGUUAAACAAAAACAAGUCAUUAAAGUGCUACACAAACAAAGUAGCCGCAAACUUUGAGUCUACCACCAUUAUUUAUGAAAAUCAGUAUGACGUUCUCUUUCUUAAAUUCUGUCAUUUUACACUGAACUGCAGGGAUCUACACAUCCAGUUUCAGUUUAGUCUCGUCACUUUUCAGAAUAUUUUUCUAAUAGUCUUAGAGACCAUGAAGAUGUUUUUUUUGGAAAAUGUUAGCAGGGCCUCCAUGAUAUUUUUGGUCACAAGUGGUUUCAGCCUCUGAAUUCUUCCAUGAAUACCAUUUUUGCCAUUUUAUUAUUGUUGGAUCAUGAACACAUGAGGCUUGUAGUGCUGUAAGAUGCUGUUCUGGGUUCUGUCUUGGAUAAGUCAUUGGAAUAAAUUUAGAAUGGAUAUUAGAAAGGUUCACCCCUGUUCCCUCCAGUUGUGGAUAAUGGCUCUCACUGUGGUUCACUGGGGAUCAGAAAUGGCUUUGUAACCCUUUCCAAAUAAAUCAACAUAAGUGUUGAACUGGUUUGGUUUAAGGCACUUUUUAAAUCUACACAUAUGAUAGUAAUCAGUAAAUGAAAUCAACAUUUGAAAAUUGCAAUUUGUAUUUAACCACGUUACUUUUAUGCAAUAUUUAAAUAUGUUUCAUUAUCCGAAACGUCCAAGAGUAACAAAGAAAGAAAAACCAGGAGAAUUCUGUAGAGCAGCAGAUGUUGUUUCUGCAUCACUGUCAUCGGUCUUGCUUCAGUUUGUAAGGGCGGCACUCUCAACAACACAUGCUUAUUGUGGUAUUUUGCACUUUUUUUCCUGCUUAGAAUGUAAAAAGUUGGCAUCUUGCUAAAUUUUCUUUACUGUGACAAAAUAAAAGAAGUGCUAAAAUGAGAUAACAACACAUGUGGGGUUACAACGAUACAUGUAAAUGCACUACUGCCAUCUUCACUGCUAUAAUGCUGUUUGUCUUCUUUUUUUUUAAAUCAAAAAUAUCAUCUAUAAUGUCCUCUAUGUCCAUUAUAUUUGAGAAAGAUAUGCUUUGUGGAAAUUAAGAGGUAGUGCUACUGGUUCAUCCAAUAUCAUAAGCUAAAACAAGUAGUAAAACUUAACACCUGAGUAAAUUCUAUGCAACAUCCGCUGUAAAAAGAGGGAAGGAACGGCAUCUUAACUUGCCAGAAGUAAGUCACCGAUUCCUAAUUUGCACUGCUGCAUCCUCCACAACUGGUUACUUGCUUUAAUUUGGUUUCAUUUUCUUUUGAACUUGUGAUUUUUGUAACGCUGUACAGAUGUUUACUUAUUUAUUGCCUGUGAGACAGUGUCAUGUUAAGUUGAACUGCAUUUGCUUACAGUACAUAUCAAGUGUACAGAAAACAUUUUUUUUUACACAAUGUAGAGCUUGUUUACAACGUCAGGAGGACCUGAAACUCAGAGAUAUUAUGUUACGUCAAGAAAUUCCUCGAAGCGAAAGAAAAAAAAAGUCAACGUUAAAAAAAAAACCUAAGAACUUGCCUCUUGUCUGCACCUACCUUUUAGUUAGUUUAAUUUACGGUCAGCAUAUCAAAAAUCAGCAAAGGAAAAGACUGUAAAAGAUUGUAAGUAAUGGACAUUAUACAUGAAAUGGUGGUUGUUUUAAGGUCUCUCUGUAAGCUUCUGUUUGUUUGUGUUCCGUAUUUUUUUUUAGGUUGAUAUUUAUGUGCCUGUGUGCGGCGAGCCAUGUGGUCUCAUCCUCAUCCACGUCUCUUCUUUUCUCCGUUUCCACUCAAACACCUGCUGUAACUCAUAACUGAUUCCACAUGUUCACACAGAGUUAAACAAAGAUGCCAUCUCCCUGUUUUUAGCAUUGUAAAUAUAUAGUUUAGUUUUUUUAUACAUGCAUAUAAAUGACAGGGAUUGGGGAAUAAAAGAUGUUUUAGUGGACAUAAUAAAGGGAAAUGUAUUUUCUCUUAAAUGGUGUGCAGUGGAUAGGCUGUUAAAAAAAAAAAGAUGUUUUGUCUGCCUAUAGGGACCCAGAUUAACCAAACCCUUUACACAGAACACUACAAGGUUAACACAGUCUUAACACUGAAGUCUUAUUGUGACAACUCGAGUUAGCCGCAGGAGAAUUUAAAUGUGCUCACUGGAUGUUGCAUGUUCUGUUGGUGGUUCAUACUAUUUUUGUGUCCAGAUAUUAUUACAGAAAAACUGACAUGAGAAAGAAGGUAUCGAAAGAUAUGAAGCGAAAGUGUCAUAGAGAGGGGGUAGAAUAAUAAAGAGAAGCUUAAAUGAAUGACGAUGUAUGCUGACUGUACAAAGAUUUUGCUUGUAAAACCUGUCUGGUUUUUCACUUGUAAGUAAACAGAAAAAAUAAAUAAAUUUACUGUGAUGGUUUUGUGAUUGUAUACAGGAGGUAUUGAUAAAUUAUGCAAAAUGUGCUGUAAAAAUGGCUAUUGCCCCAUGUCUAAAUAUUAAAUAUCAGUAUAAAACUUA